AUGGUUCGUAAAAAUGAAUUUUUUGGAAUUGCUCUUGUAGCAGUUUUAUUCCUUUGGUUAUUAGUUUAUAGUCAAAGAGAAACUAAUUUUCACAGGCCAAUUCGAUAUCAACAAUUUGAUUUAGGAGAAAGUUUUAGAUCUCACACAAAUAUUACAGUGCCCUUAAGAGAUAUAAUUGAUCAUCAACGAAUUAAUAUUAGAAAUGAAUUAUACAAUUAUAAAUUUGGCCCUAAUAAAAUAUUGCAAAAUUACACAUUAGAAACCAAAGGGAGACCAGAAAGAAAUAUAAUAAUUACUACAUGGAGAUCAGGUUCUACUUUUUUGGGAGACGUUAUGAACUCUGUGCCAGGAAAUUUUUAUCAUUAUGAACCCCUGCUAAAUUAUGGUAUUGUACAAAUAAGGGGAGCACCUCAAUCAAAACUAGCAUUACAAACCAUCAAAAGCUUACUUAACUGUGAUUAUACAAAUUUAGAUGAUUAUUUACUUUAUGGAAAGGCACAUUCCUAUCUAUUUUCACACAAUACAAGACUUUGGAACCAAUGUGAAUUGCACCCACAGUACUGCUGGAACUCCACCUUUUUAAACCAAAUGUGCAGCCUGUUUCCAUUUCAAUCAAUGAAAACUGUUCGAUUACGAUUAUGGCUAGCUGAAGAGAUUUUAAGAGAUAAAUCUCUAAAUGUUAAAGUGGUUUUGUUGGUGCGUGAUCCUCGUGGGACCAUGCAAUCCCGAAAACAUAGAAAUUGGUGUCCGGGCGAACCUGACUGUGAUCAACCCAACAACCUCUGUGCUGACAUGAUUUCUGAUUACAGUGCUGCCAUAAUACUAAAAAGGAAAUAUCCCCAACGGUUUCGGGCCAUUCGAUAUGAAGAUCUUUCUUUAAACCCAUUUGAAUACGUCAAAAGCCUUUUUAAGUUUUUUGGAUUACAGUUCCAUGAAAACGUAAAAAUGUUUUUGGAUUCGCAUACUAGAAUGAACUAUGGUGGUGUUUCAAGCACUUUUAGAGAUUCCAAAAGUGCACCUUUUCACUGGAAAAUGGAUUUAAAUGCCACAGAGAUUCAGUACAUUGAAGAAAACUGUUAUGAAGCAAUGAAGCUAUGGGGAUAUGUUAGAAGUAAAAAUUAUAGCGACCUAAAAGACUUUAAUACUUUAACGAAUUAUACAAUUAAAUAA